AUGGAUUCACAUGCCAUUACCCGCGCCUCUACCGAUUUUGGCAGGAUGCACCGGAAUGUGCCGUCUGCAGUUUUCCGGCCGCCUUCUACCAAUAGCAUUUCAGCCUUCAUCAAGUUGUCUUACGAGUCGGUUGAACCAUUUCCCAUAACAGCAAGGGGCCAUGCACAUUCCCUACAUGGGCAAGCACAGGCAGGGAAUGGUGUUGUCAUAGAAAUGAUGUCCCUGAACAGUGGCGCCAUUAAUAAUGAGAACGCUAACAGCUUUGGCUGCUCAAGUGAAGAGAAAUGCUAUAUAGAUGUUGGAGGUGGCGAACUGUGGAUAGACGUGCUUCGCAAGACCUUGAAGCAUGGGCUUGCACCACGUUCGUGGACGGAUUAUUUGUAUCUUACAGUUGGUGGAACGCUCUCUAAUGGAGGGAUCAGUGGCCAAUCCUUCCGCCAUGGCCCUCAAAUCAGCAAUGUGCUGGAAUUAGACGUUAUCACAGGGAAGGGGGAGACGCAGACAUGCUCAAGGACGAAUAACUCAGAGUUGUUCAAUGCUGCUCUUGGAGGACUUGGGCAGUUUGGCAUCAUCACAAGAGCAAGAAUUAUCUUGGAAAAAGCUCCAAAGAUGGUGAGGUGGGUGAGAUUGCUUUACUCUGAUUUCUCUGGCUUCACAAGGGACCAAGAGCUUCUCGUAUCUUCGCAUGGUGGGGAUGGGGACAAGGAGAAUGAGGGAUUUGACUAUGUAGAAGGAUUCGUCAUGAUGGCUGACAAGAAUGACGGCAAUAGCAAUUGGAGAUCAUCUUCAUUUCAGUUCCCUCACCAUAUUGCCACGAACAACACCAUCCUCUACUGCCUGGAGCUCUGCAAGUAUUACAACGACCGUUCUGCAAAGCAUCAUGUCGAUGAGGAAUUAGAGGGUCUGAUGAGCAAGUUGCACUAUAUACCACGGAUGAUGGCUAGCAAGGACGUUACCUACAUGGCUUUCUUGAACAGAGUGCGCCAUGGGGAGAUCAAGCUCAGGUCAAGAGGGCUGUGGAAUGUUCCACACCCAUGGCUCUGCUUGUUCGUGCCUGCUUCCCGGAUCUUGGAGUUCCACGAUGUGGUUUUCAAGGGAAUACUCUCUCGAAACAAUACUUCGGGGCCAUUGCUUGUAUACCCUAUGAAGAGGAGCAGAUGGGAUGACAGAAUGUCAGCCAUAGUACCGAACGAGGAGGUCUUCUACUCAGUGGGCUUGCUGAGAUCUGCAGUUUACGACUGGGAGUUCUAUGAAGAGCAGAACAGAGAGAUAUGUAAGGCAUGCGAAAGAAGAAAGCUUGGCGUGAAAAUGUAUCUUCCCUACUAUACAGAGGAGAGUGAGUGGAGGAGACAUUUUGGUGCAAAAUGGUCAGUCUUUCUAGAAAGGAAGUCUAGGUUUGAUCCGAGAGGGAUCCUGGGGACCGGUCAGAGGAUUUUUCCUUUCCCAUUGUUGACCUCCAACUUGAAGAGCACUGCACUGAUUUAG